AUGUAUAAUGGGUCUGAUGGUCCAUCAUCAUUUUCAUUGUACGUCUUAAAUCCACCAGCUCAGACGCCAUCAACGAGUUCUGUAAAAGUUUUUGAGGCUCCACAGCAAGACUUAUCCAUUUUUAUGAUUUUAUGGGAAAUGUUAGGAAGUUCGAAACAUGGCGUACGUUGUAACUACACAUGA